GGAAUUGCUGGGUGUGUGUGUUGCCAUAAGUGUGGGUGUCAGUGUGGGUGUCUGUGUGGGUGUUAGCAUAAGUGUUGGUGUUAGUGUGGGUGUUGCGAUAAGUGUGGGUGUGGAUGUUGGUGUAAGUGCGCUGAAUUCCGGAAUUCUGUAGGAAGUGAUAAAUGGAAUUUCGGGAAUUAGAUGGAAUUGGUUCCGUGAGCGGUACUGGUUCCGGAAUGUUCAGCAUUGCGGAAUAGGAUGUAUUCUCUUUGGAUAGAAUUAGUAUAGAACUUAUAUGAAUUUAUAUAAAUUUAUAUGGAAUUAUUCGAUACCAUAUCAGUAAAGACAAUAGAACGAAAACGUACUAAAAAUAGAUACGAUAUAAGUAGAGACAGAGACAGAAAAAGGAAAAUACAUGGAAAAGCAGUAAACAAGCAGUAUACAUUUACACCCAAAUAUAUUACUGAAUAGUGAGCAACAUAUCCACUCAUAUUGGUAUUUAAAAUUAUCACCGUGGCUCCAAAACUGGACAACGCAUCCAUGCUCAAAUUGAUUAACGUCGCUCCUGAAACAGGAACAAGUUCCUCGACUCUGUCGUGAAGUUGGACCCAUCAUUGACAACAAAUUCGCGAUCGCAUCGACUCAGAGAGAGAGAGCUCGAACAAUGGAAUAUCGCGAUCAAAUGCCCAAGCAUUUUAAACCACUGUCGUCUUUUAAAUUUCAAAUUUUGUAUUUGUUUCUUAAUUUCCAUUUUCAUUUUUUAUUUUCAUAAUAUUUUAAUCUUAAAUUAUAUUUAUCCUUAUUUGUUUUCCUGUUCCUAUUCCUAUUUUUAUUGUGCUAAAUCAAAUGUAGAACCCUGAAGAGUGUUUCAAUAUUUUAAUGAUAAAUGAACAUGAAACGCGUCGGCAAAAUAAAUCUCUACAUUUAUUUUAUUAUUUUCUUAUAUUUAGAACAUAAAGAAAUUAUUUUAUUUUCAACUGAAAUUCGAUUUUGAUCGGUUGCUGAAAAGCAAGUGUUGAGACUAGCAAAUUGAUUUGUCUUUUCGUUAAGAGAUAGAUUGAUUUGUUUUUGAAUUGAUUUAAGUAUACCCGCAUAGAAUUAACUUUGUUUCGAAUGAAUUCUUCGGAAUUUCUAAAUCGUAACGAGUGCCAUUUGAAAAUUCUCUUUGCUGAGAUAAAAUAUCGAUAUCAUGGCAGCUUUACACACCCACACACACCCACCCCCUAAUUACAAUGAAAUCAUCAAAUUUGAAGAAACUCUAGUUUCUGAUUAUCUAAGACAUAUUGGUGAAUUUUGGAAAUAUAUUACCGGAUUAUGUUUAUUGGCUGGUGAAAAUGGCAUUGAAAUAUUACGUCAAUUCAAUAAUGGAUUAUUUGACAAACCAUUUGUAUAUCAUCGUCGACUUCAUAUACCUUGUCGGAAUAUUCCACAUCCGAAAAGAAAUAAAAAAAUAAUUAAAUAUCGUAGACAAGAAUAUAAAAUAUUACAUGAAACUUUAAAAAAUUGA